UUUCAGUCUGAUGAUCAGACAGUCAGCAGCAAGACAACAUGGAGGUCAGAGCUCUCUGCAUCAGAAUGUUGUUAACUGUACUGGUGUUGCUGCUGUCUGCACAAGUCCAGCACAGCGACUGUCACAAAGCCGAUGCAUAUUUUCCUCGUAUUGUUCCGUCCAGACUGCAGUUCUUUGAAUACGAGUCUGUCUUUAUAAACUGUGAUGAACUGUCAUUUUUCAAUGAGACUGAAUGGAGAGUGAUGAGGAAGUUUGAUGGCAGGAAAACUAUAUGUAAUGUCAAAUGGGAGAAAACAGGAUCCUGCAACAUUACAUCUACAUUCGCAGGAGACAGCGGAGAAUACUGGUGUCAAGCUGAAGGAAAAACAAGCAGCAUUGUAAACAUUGUAGUGACAGCUGGUUCUGUGAUCCUGGAGAGUCCUGCGUUACCUGUGAUGGAGGGAGAUGAUGUAACUCUGCGCUGCAGAAACAGAAACAAGACGACCUCAAACCUUAAAGCUGAUUUCUAUAAAGAUGGCGUCCUCAUCAGGAGCAGCUCUACAGGAAACGUGACCAUCCGCAAUGUUUCCCAGUCUGAUGAAGGACACUACAAGUGUCACAUCUCUGGAACUAACGAAUCAGCAGAGAGCUGGCUGGCUGUCAGAGUUAGGCGAGUUGGAGAAUCAAACGACACUUUGGUGGCUGUCACAGAUGAUCGUGAGAACCUCUUCACUCAAGUCUACACCCUAAUUUCGAUAGUCAUCGCUGUUUUUCUGCUGCUGCUGUUUUUGAUGGGACUUUGCCAUUGGUACAAAGGUGCUUCAACCUCUCUUGCCUACACUCAAACCUCCUCUCCUCCACAAACAGUGUCUGCAGAGACGGGUGCAAAUGAUAUAAUAUAUGCUGCUGUCACUAUUCCCAGGAAAAACGAUACUAGUGAAGCUCAACUACAACAGGCAACCGAUGUUGAUGUUACUACCCAGGAACCCAAGAACAGAAGAGAUGAGGAUGAAUCCGUGGAGUCAUGUGUCUACCAUACUUUGAGGUUUGUUCCCUCUGAAAGUGCAAAUCCAUGUUAAACAGACUCACUUUUUCUUCUACUGCGGACAAAAGAAGAGGUCACUGAGAGCAGAGACACUUGACUGAAGGAGCGACUCUGUAUGAAAGGAGGAAGUUAUGUAACCACAGUCAGGACUGUUACAUUAAUUCACUGUAGUCGUUUUAAACUGAUGUUGAAAAUGUUGAUGAAAAAUGCCCUGCCUUGGUUCUCACGACUAUCAUCAUCACAAGUCCUUACCUGAACUCUUAAGCCAAUACAAAGCUCUUGUGUCUAUUCUUAUUAUAGUGGAACAGUUUAACCACUUUAUCGGCUUGUUCGCAUGACUCGAAAUGCUGUUAGAGAAACCAAGCUGCUGCAGAGUUUAAAUACGCUCAAUGUGGUUAAUUACCAUCUAACCUCAAGCAGACGCAUUGACUCUGCUGUCUAUAUAAUCACGUGCUAUAAAUGUAUUGAACAUUUCCCAUGAUUGCAUACAAGUGAAUGAAUAACAGUUGCAGUUGUUAUGAUGUUACAUUGGUAAAGGUCAAGUUUUGCAUACCAAAGAUGUUGAGUUUGUAUUUUUGUUUGUCUGUUUAAAAGAUCCAAACACUUACAUGUCAAUAUUAAUAAAAUAAUUUCAAAUGUACAGUA